AAAACCUAGGAGGAGCAGGGAGAAAGAGGGCUAGGAGUCCACCCUAGGAGUCCACUCUGCCCUUCCACUAUAGGCGGGUCGCCUGCCCUUGAGGCAUUUCCAGAGGAACCUAAGGCUCCUUAAAGUACAGCUUGAACCAUUGAUCUGACCCAGCAGAGAGGGUCAGAGCGUUUUAGUGCCUUUCCCCAAGUCCCACUGAGCCUGCACUGGAGCCCAGGUCUCUUGACUCCCAGGCCAGGCCUCUGGACUCUAUUCCUUUGUUGAGGGCCCAGUGCCAGGACUGAGACAGGCAGCUAGUCGGUCUCCUCCCCUCCCGACUCCCUGAACCUGGUCUUGGGAGCAGGGCCAACACUGGUGGGGAUGACGCUCUUCUUAUCCUGGAGCAACUUCCUUUCUGGGAACUGGGAGUCUCUUUCUGGGCAAAGACAAUUCAUCCCAGCAAGAAGAGCAGGGUUCCUCCUGCCCCACCCGGAUGGGCAUCACGUGGCUCCCAACGAGCAGCCCAGGAAAAUCCCAGCCCCUGCACACUUCGCCUCAUGUGCGCAUCUGCUCGCCCACGCUGGCACUCGGCCUCCCUGGCCCACCUUGGACAUCCACCGUUGCACCCUCCCUCGCACACUCUUUCUCCUCUCGGCUUCCGCCACUUCUCCCUGGGCCAUAUUGCCGGCCAUUCGCUCAUCUCAGAGUAGCGACCGGCCCUGUCCCUCACCUCAAACCCACCAUGUCCCUGGGGCCACUGAAAUUCCAGGCCGUGGGUGAGGGGGACGAAGAGAACGAGGAGGAGGAGAGCUUGGACUCCGUGAAGGCACUGACGGCCAAGCUACAGCUGCAGACGCGGCGGCCCUCGUAUCUGGAGUGGAUGGCCAGGGUUCAAAGCCAGGCCUGGCGCAAGGCCCAAGCCGGACCUGGCCCCGGGGGACCUGGGGCCAUCUGUGGCUUCGACUCAAUCGAUGCUGCGCUUGAGUGGCUCCGGCGGGAACUGGAGAUGCAGGCUCAGGACCGGCAGCUGGCAGGGCAGCUGCUGAAGCUGCGAGCCCAGCUGCACCGACUGAAGGUGGACCAAGCCUGUCACCUGCACCAGGAGCUGCUGGAUGAGGCCGAGCUGGAGCUGGAGCUGGAGCCUGGGGCCGGCCUGGCCCUGGCCCCCCUGCUGCGGCACCUUGGCCUCACACGCAUGAACAUCAGUGCCCGGCGCUUUACCCUCUGCUGAGGGCCACCUGUGCUCCCAGGCCACCUGGCAAGAGGGGAGGCAAGGUGUCUCAGAGGCACACUCACAUCUCUGAGGGGUAAACUGAAAGUUCACAAAACCCCAGCUGGUAAGGGCUUGGAAGGGGAAAAGCUUAGGUGCCCAAGCUCCUCAAUAAACACCUUAUACAAUCCUAA